ACCUCGAGCUUCUGAUUUUAGGGUUUAGGGAGUUGUUGCAGAGCUGCGCGUCGAUCCAGAGAAUGGCGAGGAUAAAGGUGCACGAGUUGAGGAACAGAACCAAGGCAGAGUUGCUGAACCAGCUUAAGGACCUGAAGGCGGAGCUCGCUCUGCUCCGAGUGGCCAAGGUCACCGGCGGUGCCCCCAACAAGCUCUCAAAAAUCAAGGUGGUGAGGCUUUCGAUUGCGCAAGUGUUGACGGUGAUUUCCCAGAAGCAAAAAGCGGCGCUUAGAGAGGCUUACAAGAAUAAGAAGUAUUUGCCCCUUGACCUUCGUCCCAAGAAGACCCGCGCCAUUCGCAGACGCCUAACCAAACACCAGGCAUCAUUGAAGACAGAACGGGAAAAGAAGAAGGAGUUGUACUUCCCGCUGAGAAAGUAUGCAAUUAAAGUUUAGGCUAGAAUUGGUUUUUUAAGUUUCAUUUGUAGACCAGCAGCUUGUAUUGAAAUUUUAAGGUUUCGAUGCAUGUCAAUGUGGCAGCAUUCCAAUUUUCGGUACCAGUUAAUUUCCAGUUUGUAUCAUUGUUGUCUCUGUAUACAGCUAGUCUGGAUCCAGAGAUUCCAAGUUUUAUGUUAAAAGCAGAAUUGUU